AAGUGAUCUGUGCUGUUAAUGUCUUCCAUUCUCCCGCUUUCUCCCUGUCCUUGUUGAACGUUGAACUGCAGAAGUCCAUAAAAAUUUUAAAGUGUUUCAAUUUUCGAGCAGUUUUUUAAAAUGUCGUACAAAGGUUACAAAACGAAUCGUUCAGAAAGUCCGACUUCUCGUCAGGAAUCAGAAAUGGUUACCAAAAAUUUAAAAGAAUUACACGCCGCCGGUAACGUUGGAGAUCCCAUCGAACGCAUACGAUUGUUGUGUCUUUCUAAAGGAGCAUCAGGAAUUUUACAUUUGGGAAGAACAUUAAGAUUGAUGGAUAACCACGGUAGUAGAAAUUUAAGUCGCACAGAAUUCCUGAGUGGGCUGAAACAAGUAGGUUUAGACUUAUCGGAAGACGAGACCAAAGAAGUAUUCCACAAAUUCGAUACAAACGGAGAUGCAAGCGUUAACAUUGAUGAAUUCUUAAUAAACAUCAGACCACCACUCAAUGAUUGUAGAACAGGAAUUAUAGACAAGGCUUUUUGUAAAAUGGAUAAAACGGGCGAUGGAUUAGUAACAAUGGAUCAAUUGAAACGCGUUUACAAUGUAAAAGCCAGUUCUCGUUAUCAAGCCGGUUCAGAUAGCGAAGAAUCUAUUUUGAAAACGUUCUUAGAUCAUUUCGAAAAAGAUAAGGAACAAGAUGGCAAGGUUACUAAAGAAGAAUUUAUAAAUUAUUAUUCUGCGAUUAGUGCUUCUAUUGAUAACGAUUGCUAUUUCGAUUUGAUGAUGAGGCAACUCUACAAGCUUUAGAAGUUUAUUCAAAUAAGGAGCUUUUUCAUACCUAGCUAGAUAUCAAAGGUUCUUUUAGAACAGUAAACAGUAUUAUUAUCAUUAAAACUAAAAUUUCAUUCAUUUAAUAAAAUAAAUCAUUUCCAGUAUCUAAA